UAAAAACAUAUCUAAGAAAGUUCCCGCUUCAAAGCCCCUCUCCAUGUCGCUCUGUCAGUGCCCAGAAAACCCUAAUAUUUUGAUAACGACAGCCGAUUAUACCAGUGAAUUCCACUAUUUUAUGUUUCUAAUAAAAGCUGAAGCAUUAAUGUGAAGGGAAAAAACAAAAAGAAUUCGUUGACUUGUGUUUGUGCAUCAGAAAAAUCAUAAUCAACAUACGAAGCUAGGCAAAUGGACAAAGUUUAUGAGGAGCUAGAUGCUGUUAAAGGAGAGGUGGAAAAGCUCAGAGAAGAGUGCCGGACCAAAUCGGAUUUGACGGAGAGUUUGCGGAAAGCCCACAUUGAUCAAUUUGCGAAACUUCAAGAAGCUAAGCUGGAGAUUGAAAGACGGGCAAAUGACUUAUUUGUCAAAUCUGAGGAAAUAUUUGAGAUCAAGAAACUCUGUGAUGACCUAAAGUCCAGUCUGCAUGAGAAAGAAUCAUGUCUCCAGAAUCUUAGUUCUGCUCAUGAGAAGCUGCAACAAGAUUAUAGGGAGAAAAUUGGAAAGUUGGAGGUACAAAACAAGGAUUUGGUGUUCUCUUUGGAUGAAGCAAUAUCCAGAAUUCAAGAUUUGGAAAUGCAGAUUGGUACAAGUAAUAAAGAAAUCAACGCUCUUAAGCAACUCGUGUCAGUUAGGCAGGAAAUUGAAUCAGAGCUAAAAGCACCAGCAUCCAAGGAUCUGAAAGAUGGAGACGACAUUAUCCAAAAACUUGAGGAAGAAAAUAGGAUUGCAAAAGAUCAGCUGAAAUGGAAGGGCGAGCAGUUUAAACACCUUGAAGAAGCUCAUGAAAGGAUCCAUGAUCAGUUCAAAACUAGUAAGGUGGAGUGGGGACGGGAGAAGUCAGCAAUGCUUGAAGAGAUUUCGUCAUUGCAAGAAAGGUUGGAUUCUCAGGCACGAAUCUCAGAAGGCCUCCAAAGCCAAUUGAGGAUGUGUAACCAAGCUUUAGCACAUCAAGAAAGCAGAAGAAGAAUUCUGGAAAUUGAAGUGUCUGAGUUCAGAUCUCGAUUUCAUGAUAUCUCUUUAGAGUGCCAAGAAGCAAACUCAAAGCUCGAGAAGUUGACCAUCAAGAGGGAUGAAGAAAUUGGAGAGUUAAGAAACUUACUCCGGAUAAAAGAGACACUGUUCAAGGAUCUAAAAUGCCAAAGUAUGCAGAUUGAACAAGAAAAUAAAGAGUUACGAGGAUCUCUCAAAGAGAUUCAAGAGGCUCAACUCCAGGAUGCUGCUUCCACUUCUGCACUGAAGAAACUGCGUACCAAUUUUCAGGAUUUGAAGCAGUUACACACAAAGUGCUCCUUAAACCUCAAAGAAAAAGAAGCUGAAUGGAGCUCUCAGAUAGGAAAAGUUACAGAAGAUAUGAACAGAUGCAUGUCUGAAUUAAAAGGUAAAGAAAAGCACAUAGAAGAGCUAGAAAAAGAGCUGGAAAAUUGCCGUGAUGCGUGCGAUGUUCUUAAUGGUGAGAUAUCUGUGUUAAUCAUGGUCUUAAAAUCAGAAAUCCAUGCCUUGAGCAAGGAACUCUCUAGAGCAAAGGCGGAUCUGGAACCGAAUAGCAAAAAUCUACAUCAGAAGCGUGAACAAGCAAUCCUUUUAGAGGCAGAACUGAGUGAGUAUAAAAAGAUGCUUGAAGAGUCAUCUGAUUGCCAAUUUCACCUCAGGGGACAGGUCCUGCAAUUGGGUAAUGCUCUGAAAGAUGCUUCUGAUGCUUCAGAAGAAGCCAAAGCUGACCUGGCCAAAGCAAGGGCUGAAGUCAAAGAGAGCAAACUUGAACUAGAGAAGUGGAAAGCUGAAGCAGGAAAGCUUAAAGACUGCCUUGAAGAGAACCGGUUGGGCCAAAAGCAAGAGCAGGAGAGCUUACUUGGGAUUUUGAAGGAGAGAGAAGCCAAAACAAAUGAGCUACAACAAGAGAUUACAGAACUCGAGUUGAAGAUUGUUGAAAGAACAGAGGCAGUGGAAGCUUUAAAUCAGGAAAAGCUACAAUAUUGUCAAAUUGCAAAAGGCAAGGAUAGUAGCAUAGAAAUUCUUCAAACUAAGAUUUCUUGCUUGGAGCAAGAGUUAGCUGAUAAAGACCUUCAAAAUGAGCAAGCACAAUCAGAUGCCCUGAAGGCUUUUGAUCAGGAGAAGGAGAGCCUGUUGCUGACUGUGAAAGAGAAAGACGGUGAAAUACAACAUCUUCUUGAACGGGCCAAAGAUUUGGAGGAUGAUGUAAUCUGUAAAGAAAUUGCUUUUACAGCUUUGGAGACUGCUGAGAGUCUAAAAAUGCUUGAGAUUAAAGAGAAAAACAAUGUGAUUGCUGAGUUAGAGGUGAAAUUGGGUGAUACACAUCAGAAAUUUGAACUUCUAAAUAAAUCCUUGUCUGAUUCAAGACAGAAGGAGGGGCAGCUGGAAACAUUGUUGCAAGCAAGUAAAAAGGAAUUGGAUGAGCUGAAAGCUCAUUUUGGCAAUGAACGGAUGCAUUUGGAGGCCCGAAUUCAGGAGAUUGAAUCUCAGAAAAAUGAUUUGCUUGAAGAAAAUAAGAAACUUUCAGUUGAUAGGGAGGAAUUACUAAUACAAAUGGAAGGAAUCGCUGGAAGAAUCAGUGAAGUUUGCUUUGAAGAUGUUGCGCUUGAACGACAGCUAGAAAAAAUAUUGGGGAACCCUGAGGAAGUAGAAGAGCCAUCACUUAGUAAUUUAGGGAAAGGCCAAUAUACUGGAACUCCUUUCUCAACUGCCAAAACAGGAACUGAUGAAAGAACUCCAUUGGUAGAGCUCAACUGUUAGGCCAUUUUUGAAAUGGGGGAGCAGUUCUGUACUUCAAACACCAAAAAAAAAAAAAAAAAAAAAAA